AUAUCUUAUAAGUAUUGAUAUCGCGGUCUUUACACUUUCAUUUUCAUUUUGUUCCUGUCAGUAGUUGUUGAUACACGAGAUAAGGUUACCCUCUCUUUAUAUGGACUGUGUUGUAUUGUUUUUGUGAUCCUGUAGUGAUUCUGUGGUAAUGUUUUUAACCAGUGAUUGAAUAAUUAAAGAGUAGAUACCAAGUUUCGAUAAUAAGACUAAAAAGGAUAUUAUAUUACUAUUUUGAAAAGAAAAUAUAAAUAUACCUAAAUCAUGGGUUCAUCACAAGAAGAUAUAACAGAUGAUGAAUUCGACAUUGAAGAAGCCAGUCGAGAUCCUACUGUUGUGCUACAAAGACUGAAAGAAUUUUCAUUUUAUCUCGUAGAAAACAUUGAAUUUAAUCUAGAUUUCUGCCUCAAAUUAUUAGAAGAGCGAACAGUUCCUGCUAAACCAAAUAGCAUGCAUGUCACUGCCCUUAGUAUGCUUUGUUCUGCAAUACCAAAGAUAGGAGGUGGAUUGGGAAGUGCCUUAAAAACGGGUGAGGUAACGGUGUUCAGAAAAAUAGAGAAGAAAAAUUCUAGACUGUUGGCUGAUCUCGUCUACUACUUUAGCGACAAUAAGGAAGCUUUUAGAAAUACUAUUUUAGAAGCUGCAGCUGAAAUUUUUACCAGUUUCGAAAAUAAGUUUAUGGAAUUUACGUGCAAAGGAGGUGAAAAACGAGCCAUGAUGAAAUUAGCCAUAGAUGCUUCUGACAGAAUAUUUAACUACUUUCUUAGCACUGAACAAAAGAGGGAUGUUACUAAAAAUGAAGUUAUUAGAGGCGUUCUAUAUGGUGACUCUAAAAGAAACAGAGGUGGCAAAAAAGAAGGAAAAUCUGUUACCAAAAACGACAACGCCGAACAAGAAAUUAAAAUAAAAACAGAUAAGCUGUACUCCAAGUCAGGUAUAUACAUUCCUGAAAGAAACUUGUUCUACAAAAAUGAUCACACAAAACCAGCAAAGUAUGGAUACAGAAAAAUCUUUUCAUGGGAAGACGAAUCUGAAAUCAUGAAAACUUGGAUUUUGGAUGACACUCAUGAAACACCUGUUUAUACAAUAAGUAUUACGGACGAAUUAUUACUAUCAAUUAAGGAGUACGUGAUGAGUAAAAAUCGUUUCGAAGAAGCUGCAUUAGCGAGACAAAAAUUGAGCGACGAAGCUAUGGAAGAUAGGCAAGAAAAGCACGAAGCAGCAUUAACAAUGCUUAAAGACUGUUAUGAUAAAAUUAUAAGUGAAUUAGAAAAUAUACACCAAAAGACCCUUGACAUGUUUAAAGAAAAUACAACCUUAAUGGAAAAAGUAAUUGAAAAUCAGGAAGAAGACAAAGAAACUAAAACAGUGAUAAUUACAAAACUAGAAACUGCCCACAAUGACAUUUUGAAUACUAAAGAAAAACAAGAAGAUAUUUUAAAAUCAAACGAAGAUAUUAAAAAUAAUAUAGUUGCAAUAAGGACUAACCAAGAGGAACUAGCCACUAGUACCCUUAAACACGAAGAUGUUGAAAGUAUUGUUAACGAUAAAGUUAAAGAAGGUGCCAAAGAUGGCGUUAAAGAAUUCAUUAGUGAAACGUUAAGGAAAAAUGAUCCCGGUCCUAAAAUUAAACAAGAAGUGGAAAGAAGUUUGGGCAAGGCUAAUGAUGAAUUAAAGAGGUUCGAAAAAAGAAUUAGAAAGUUAUGGUAGUUGGAACAAAUUAAUACAAUGCUAAUUUAUUAUAUAAAAUUUUAACGAAAUAG